AUGCGGCGAUGGUACUGUGAAUAUUCAUGGUUUUGGUUUUCGAAUAGCGCCUUUCGAGCCGUGUCAGCUUUGCCCAAAUCAUCUCAACGCAGAAAGGGGAACAGUGAUUCCAGCAAGAAAAGAUCAUCUAAUACAUUAAAAGAGAUGGAAACAACAUCAGAAGUAAUAAAUAUUACUGCAAAAGAGAAUCAGCAGAAUUGUGGGUCUCAGAAAUUGGAUAUUUUUCGAUUUACUACACCUAUUGCUGCUCCUGUAAAUGAACUUUCUCGUAAAGUACCGAAAUAUAUACCAAGAAAAAAACAACCAUACAACAACAGUAAUUCUGACUUGCAGGGACGAGGACAGAAUAAAUACAAUAAGUACAAUAAAUACAAUAAAUCAUCAUCAUCAUCAGCAGCAGCAACAGAAGAAAAAAAAGAAAAAGAAGGACCUGCACCCCGAUCACAAUAUCAUCACACCACCCACAGAGCAUCAGCAUCAAAGAACAGCACUUCCUCAGUAGUUCGGCCUUACCAUUCUCCCACAGAGCAGAAGAGAAAUGAAGACAGACCUCCAGGGUUGGCAGGUCUACGAGUUGUUCGUUUAAACUAA